GAGUAGCCAGAAAUUGCCGGACCAAUCAAAAACUGCGUUCUGAUGGCCAGACUCUUAUUAGAAGGCCUCUAGAAUUUCGCUAUAUCUUACAGUACAUUCUUUCCCGUAAGGAGCAUAACCUUAAAUUGCUCCCCACACGCUUUAUAUUUUACAUUAUUUAUUUAUUUUAGAUAAAGUACACAUACAAUGAAGUUUACACAGAUAUUGUUUAAGCAACAUUUAGGUAGGAUGAUUAGAAGCAUAUGGCAUGUAAAGCAAGAACGUAAAAUUGGUAUUACAUAUGCAGAAAAGAAUUUGUCAGCACUUGGUUUUAAAGUGAAAGAUCCUUUAGAAAUAUUAAAACCAAAAAAAGUAUUACCAAGGAUUGUAAUAGAACCUCCAUUUAUAUCAAACGUUGUAUUCAAUGAGACACAUCCUGAUUGGAAUGCUAAAGCAUGCUUGACAUUUAAAGAUCACAAUGUUCUACAAGAAGGAUUUUCCCAAGCACAGAUAUUAACAAACACUGUAUGUCUACCAGAAGGUUCUUUAAGUCAUAUUGAAAAUUUGCUUCCUGAACUCCCAGAAAAUAUAGACAAUAUAGUAAAAAGGGCAGUUUAUACUUCGAACAUAUUUGAUGCUCAUCAAGAGAAGCUACCAAAAAGGAAAGAUCCUAAUAGACCUGCGUGGGUGUUUCCCAGAGAUUAUGGUAUUACCAACGCGAGAAAGAUGCAGAAUAUGUCUAGGAAAUUUGUACAACUUUGUGAAUCUUUAUCUGGUCCUGAUAUAGCACGAAAACGAUGUAUACUAUAUGAUGCAGUUACAAAACUAGAUUUAGAUAAGGAAUCUGAUCUCAUCCAGUUUACUCUGAAAUCUGACGUGAUGAUCAUGUCAGCAAGCCCUUUGAAACCAAUAGAAAGUUCUAUCAAUAAUAUAGAUAUUGAUCUCCCGGAUAUUUAUCCCAUACAUUACACUAUCAGUUUUAAUAUGACAAAUUUCUAUAAAACUGGGGACAUUUAUCCUAUCAGUACAACAUCGCCUUGGAUAAACGUCCACACCAUCUUUGUGCACUAUGACCCAGAGAAAGUUAUAAAUCUGACGGAGUUGGCUGUGAGGGAAGAUCAGAUUAUCGGUCGUGCUAUGCUAAAAACAUACACUGUGGCGGCAUCUUGCGCACGUCGAAGAUUCGGAUUAUCCGUAAAAAAAUUACCAGAGCCUGUUACUGUGCAGUGUAUUCACACAGAUGGAAAACAUUAUCACUUUUUCGUAUACCAACUUAACACGUUAGACGCCAACGACGACAGUACGAAAAAUUUCUGGUGUGCUCUGAAGCCUUUAAGACUCUUCCGGGAUGCUCACUACGAUAAUGGCAAGCCGGUAAUCGAGGAUUAUAAUCCGGAAGUGUUCCGGAGGAUACUUGCAUUUUACAAGAAUGGCAGUUGAAGCGACGAAACACAAAAAUAUACAAAAAUAAUCUACAUCCAUAUAAAUGCCGUUGACACAUUGCGACAAAUGUGUGUCAGACAAUGCUUAAAAGGUUCUCGAAGAGCGUAUUUGGUUGCACGUUCGGAUUGAUUUCUUUCGGUUUCACGCUUAAACGAUGAUCCU